AUGCUCACAGAGCAAUCAAAAGAAAUCAGACCAAGUGCACCAGCGACAGUACAUCAAAAGCAAUCGCGAAAAUCGUGUUUCUCUCAAUUUAUUUCGUUUCAAAAUAAUCUGGGCUCAAAUGAAUACAGAAAAGAUCGACGGAUAAACGGAUUACAAUUACCACUUCAUCCUUUUCAGUUGGUCGCAUGGAUAACGUUUUUGGCGUUCAUUUUGGCAGCUUACUUUAUCGUAAUUCCUGCAUUCCAGCCAACCAUUCAGCUGCCAUUAUACGCAACAAUUGGUGUUCUCGUUGUGAUUCAUGUCACUGCUCAUAUUGCCGCCCUUCUCAUCGACCCAGCCGAUGUUGAAUUGCGAAAGAUAAGCUCACGUAAAGUUGUACCCGAAUUCGAUCGUUCGAAACACUUGCACGUAAUCGAGAAUGGAAGGUGCCAUUUGUGCAACAUUAAGACAACAAGUACUCGCACUAAACAUUGUUCGGUUUGCAACAAGUGCAUAGAAAAGUUUGAUCAUCAUUGUAAAUAUUUAAACCAAUGUGUUGGAAAGCAGAAUUAUGUGCCAUUUCUAAUGUGCGUUGUGAGUGCAGUUGCCGCUGUUCUGGUCAUUUUGACCGCAGCUUUGGCACAACUUUUUUUGUUCUACAUCAAUCCAUCUUGGCUUAAUUUAUGGGAUAAGACAACAAGUUUUAUGAAUGCGGAAUCGCAGACAAAAGAUGCAACGCCUGACUAUGAUUUGACAGCAACAACAACAAUCAUUCAACUCCUUAACAAUACAUUAGUUAAUGACACGAGUUUGUUGUCAGCAUCGGAAAAUUCAACAAGCGUUGAAAGUAAAGCACAGGAAGGAAUUGGAUUGUAUAACACAAUUUUCCUUUCGGUUAUUGCUGUGGUUGUUAUAUUGGCAGCAAUAACCGCUGGUUUACUUCUUCAUCUUUGCUUCUUUCACAUUUACAUUUCCUAUCUUGGUCUUACGACCUAUGAAUACAUCCGAAAUCAACGACAAACUUCUACCAAUACAAAUGCUCCACCGACAACAAUUCAUACGAAAAGUAUUGCUAAAGAAAUUUAUGCUUGUUCGAACAUAAAAUCUCAUGAUUUACAGCAUCGUCCGAAAACAUUGCAUUGUUGUGAAACAUCUUACGAUCGUCAUUCGGAAAAUAUUGCCGAAAUUAAUGUGGUGGAAACUGCAGCUGAAAUAUCUCAUAAAGCUUUUUAUUUGUGUACUCUUCUUGAAGAAACUCAAGCGAAAGAAAGUGACCUGAACACUACCGUCAAUAAUCGUUCCUCAGAUACGAUGCGAACAUUUCAUUGUUGCUCGGAAUUUUCACAUGCUACAAGCUCUCAAAAUGGAUCUCAUAAAAUUGUUAAGUACACUGAGCAGUGCACAUUUUGUAGUUUUCGAAUAAAAACCCCGAAGAAAAUUGAACAUUCAAACAAACAUUGCUGCAUUAAAGCAAUUUCGAAGCAUCAUCGAUGGCGACGCAAGUGGAAUUGUUGUUCAAAUGUUCCAAAUAGCCCUGAAGAUCUUCCUGGGGACGACUCUCUAAGGAACAAUGAAAGGAGAAUGAUUGAUUCUGUUCAAUCAACUUCAAUUCAACCGCCUCAGCCACGUUAUGUACAAAUUGAAGUUCCCAUAGGAAAUGGUGCCAACAACAAUGAUUUCCAUUCAACUCAUUUCGUUGAGAACAACAUUGAACAACUCACGAAUGUCCACAGUCAUUUAAAUGGCUCGAAGAUUAUUUUACAAAAUACAGAAAAUCCUUUAAAUAUCGCGGCGUCUUACAACAGUGAGCCGAGAAACACAAUAUCAACAAUAUCAUCAUCACAAAUGAAUUCAACAUCGACAAUGAAACGCCCACGAUCAAAAUUAGUUCGUCCAUGGCCGGUGCGACUGAGACAUGUGUUUCGAAUGAUAAAUCGAUAUCGACGUCCACGUUGUCGUGGCAUCAAUUCAUUAAAACAAAAUCAAAUUCGUCCAUUACCUGGAUCAAACUCAAAUGACAAUAUAAGUGAUGAAGUUAACACAUCAUCACAUUAUACAAAUGAAUCAUCUGGCACUGUUCCAUCUGCUCCAGCACCUAAUCGGCGCAAGAUAAAAAAUCCGACUGAUUUACAAGAUUUAGCCGACACUCUUUCUAUCAUUCAACCGUCUAGUGGCAUUCGAAUACCGCUCAACAAUCCAAUCCGACGCCAGAGAAGGAAAAAUGUUCUCCGCAAUCGAAGUCCAACUUUAUCACCGAUACAUGAGUCAGGUUUAUCAAAUCCGACCUCACCCCAACUCGCAUGUCGUCAUUCAUGUUCUGGCAGCAUUUCAUCACUUGGUAGUGCGUCAGUCUGUGCUAAUCCCAUAACAAAUAUAGAUGAGAAAACUUAA